AUUAAACAACAAUAUUACCCGCACUACGCUAUACCAUCCUAUGUUUUAUCCAUAACGUCCUGAUUAGUACUUGUUGCACAGUUAGCGUAUAGUGAAGUUGGCCUUGACUGAUUUACAUGUACUUAAGAUGUUACGUUCGCACUGAAAUAACUUUAGGAAGCAGUGAUUAUUUCUAUUAAUGCGGGACGGGAGACCUGGAUACAUACAAAUGCGGAAAAGAACAAUCUAAACAUUUUUAACAUAUUGAGCAAGUUGACCACGACCACGUACGUAAUCAGCUGUUGUCGAUUACCGGGUAUUGAUAACAGAGGGGCGUUUGGUUGCACUACAUCGGCACUACAUACUCUAAAGAUCUAAAGAUGCUAUCCCUAACCACAGUGGAGUAUGUUACAAAUACGGCUACAUUUCUCAUGUUUUGCACUGGCAUCCCACCAUGUUUGAACAUGAUGAAAACAGGAAGUACGAAGAAUGUGCCUUUCGUACUAUUUCUAAUAGGCUCUGUGAGCUGUACCAACAGUAUGUACUAUGGGAGAGAAAUAGGCAAUUCAAGUAUCAUGAACCUGAACGGACUAGGAGCUAUUUUGCAGAUUAUUUAUGCUCUUACAUACUUAGCGGUUACUAAGAACAAGUUAGACUGUGUGCCAUACUUUCUACUGUUUUUAUUAUACUUUUGCUCAGUGUACUACUACCUGUAUUCAAUAGUGAUUGACCCCGAUCUAGUAAGGGAAAAUGUUGGGAUCAUAGCAAGUACCAUUUGUACCAUGAUGCUCUUCAUGCCUGUCACUGAAUUGCCUGGCAAUAUCAUAAAUAAGAAUGCUGAUGGAGUCCCAGCUGUUAUGCUUGUUGGUAGUUGCAUUUGUUCUAUAUGCUGGUUGACUUAUGGCUAUUUGCUUCAAGAUGUCUUCAUAUAUGGACCAAACUUUGUAGGAAUCUGUGUGGCAUUUCUUAAGCUACUCAUGUUCCCUUUAUAUGGUGGCAGCAAAACUAAAACUGAAUAAUUGGACAAACAAUUGGAUACAAGUGAAUACCUGAAUAAUGGUUGAUAUAAGACACCUGUGAAGAGUGGCUGAUCAGAAAUAAGGUGCUUGUGAAUAAUGACUGAUCAGAAAUAAGACGCUUGUGAAUAAUGA